GUCAUAAGUAGUUGCGCAGUCUUCUCCCGAGCCGAACGUAGGUUAAGUCGAAGCAGCAAUGAUGUUUUGUAUGCUGUACGUGAAUCGAUGUUAAAAAAAAAGUGUUCCUCGGAUACCAGUGCAGCCGGUCUCUAUUUAAUUCACAUGAAAAUCCGUAUGUACAUACGAUACUGAUCUAUAUAAUUUGAGGCUGAAAAAUUAUAAAUAAAAGAAAAAUACAAUCUGCGUCUGGAGUUAAGAUCGUUGACUUUCAAUUGACGAUAUAUGGAAUAUAUUUAUCUAGGAUAAAAAACAGAAACAUGCUUGCAUGACGUAAUUCGGCGCCAGUUGGACGGUGCGGCAAAAUUUUUGCUCUUUUGAAGUGAUCUCAUCUGUGCACUGACAUACAAAAUGAGUUCUCUCUUGGGAAGUAGGUUUCCUUUUUUUGCCAGUCCUGGGACAAGAUCAUCUGUGGUAAUCCGACGCCUGCAGCAAACAUUUGCAGCUGUAAACUCAUCGAAUGAAAAUACCCAGAUAGGAAGCGAUGUAGUUCCUGUGUUUAAACACGCAUCACGAUUCGCAGAUAAAACAGCCCUGCGUGAUGCACAUGGUGAUUAUACUUAUCGAGGCCUGUACCUUAGUUCAAGACAGUUCGCUAAUCAGAUAACGCAGGCUGUGUCUGCAUCUCGACAAGAAAGAGUAGCUUUUCUGAUGCCAAAUGAUGCAAACUAUGUCAUCACACAAUGGGCAUGUUGGAUGAGUGGCCAAAUUGCUGUUCCACUUAGUUCUGCUCACCCAGCGUCUAUUCUUGAAUACUAUAUCACCGACUCGGAUGCUAAGGUGCUCGUCACAACUCCACAGUUUUUGCCUCUUGUUGAGCCUAUAGCAAAAAGUUCAAAUCGACAGUUAAUUGUUCUUGAUGAUACUUUGCGAAUGUUGGCUUUGAAAUUUGAUGGUAAAAAGGCCAAUAAUAGGGGACACUUCGAAUACGAAGUAGGAGAUUUACCCGAAGCUGGUAUGGAUGGCGAUUUCUACAAUAAUAGCAAUGCCUUGUUUGUCUACACCUCUGGCACUACUGGCAAACCGAAAGGUGUGGUUCUAAGCCAUAAGAAUAUACAGUCACAAGUGUCUUCACUGGUCGAUGCAUGGAAAUGGACAGAAAAGGAUAUAAUUUUACACACACUGCCUCUUUAUCAUAUACAUGGGAUAGUAAAUGUUCUUCUGUGUCCACUACACGUUGGAGCGCGAUGUGUUAUGCUACCUAAGUUUGAUGCAUCUAGUGUUUGGACUCAACUGCUGGCAGUCAACGUACAAAAUACAGAAAGAGUCAACGUCUUUAUGGCAGUGCCUACAAUCUACGCAAAGCUCAUACAGGAAUACGAGCAACGGUUUAACAAAAAUGACAAGAUGAAGGAAUACAUUCACACAGUAUGCAGCACCAAAAUUAGAUUAAUGGUCAGUGGAUCAGCACCACUUCCUCGUCCUAUAUUUGAAAGAUGGGAGGAGAUCACAGGUCACCGCUUAUUGGAAAGAUAUGGAAUGAGCGAAAUUGGUAUGGCACUCUCGAAUCCAGUGGACGGCCCACGUAUACCAGGGACUGUUGGUACUCCACUCCCUGGCAUCGAAGUUCGAAUUACAAAAUCAGACGCAGCUGGGCCAGAAACAGAAGUAUUACUACAAGGUUCUUCGAAAGGAUUGGACAAGAUUAAUAGUUCACAUAAAAAAAUAGAUGGACAUCUUGAAGUCAGAGGUAGUGGUAUUUUUCGCCAAUAUUGGAAAAAGCCUGAAGCUACAAAAGAGGCGUUUACGAGCGACGGAUGGUUCAAAACUGGGGAUAUUGCACAAUAUGAAAACGGAGUGUACAAAAUCCUUGGACGAAGUUCAGUGGAUAUUAUUAAAACUGGGGGAUACAAGGUCAGUGCGCUGAAUGUCGAAACUGAGAUUCUUAGUCACCCAGAUAUUCAGGACUGUGCUGUGAUUGGGUUGCCGGAUGACACAUGGGGCCAAAAAGUAGCUGCUAUUAUCGUAUUACAUCCAGGGAAGGAAUUAAUUUUGUCUGAACUUCGGGAGUUCACCAAGAAAUUGCUACCUGAGUAUGCUGUUCCCACAGUUCUGAAAGUAGUUGACGCAAUACCGAAAAAUGCUAUGGGAAAAGUGAACAAGGUUGACCUUUUGAAAACUGUAUUCCCUGGAAAUAAAAUAUAAAAUUUAACGUA